AUGAAGAUUUGGAGUUCGGAACAUGUUUUCGAUCAUCCUUGGAACACAGUUGUCACUGCUGCGUGGAAGAAAUAUCCAAAUCCAAUGAAUGGUGCUGUAACGGGUAUAGAUGUAAUCAAGCAAGAUAUUCAGAAAAAUGGAACGCUUCGUUCCGAAAGAAUCUUACAAAGUCAUUUUCCCAUUCCGACUUGGGCAACGAAGCUAACAGGCUUUUCUGGCAUGCAAUAUUCUCACGAAGUAUCUAUUGUUGAUCCAGCUUCUGAAACGAUGACACUUUUAACCAGGAAUCUGAAUGGAGCUCAUUUUUUGCAAGUUGACGAGAAACUAGUUUACACUCCUGAUCCACUCGAUAGAACAAAAACAAUUCUUCGACAAGAAGCAGCAAUUACGGUUAUUUUGCCGGCAUUUACCGAUUAUUGUGAAAAAGCUUUUCUAAGCAUAUAUCAGUCAAAUGCUGAAAAGGGACGGAAAGGUAUUGAAUGGGUAAUAGAUCAAUGUACGAAAGAAUAUUCGCAGUUAUCAAAUAAAGUUUCAUUGUUAGGCGAGGGCGUCCAAGAAAUAUCUGGCAAUAUGUUCGCAGCUUUUAAUAGAUCGAAACCAUAA